GCGGGCCACACGUAGACACGUAGCACCCGUAGAGCUCGUGCUACGAAGUUAGGUUGGUGUUUUUUAACAAAGUGUCAUAAGUGUUCUCAUGCGAUUUAUUUAAAGUGCCUGUGAGGAUGUAGAAGAGAUGUGUGCGCCGGCAACGGCGGCUCUUUUGAUCGCCGCACUCGCUGCCUUGCCCUGUCGAGGAACCGACGCCAAUGGUUCCACUGUACUGAACGAGGCCAAUAACUUACAGCAGGCCGACUCCCAGCCGACUAUAAACAGACUGUACCAAAUGCUCCACGCCAAACCAGACUCACACAAUCAAAGCCAGCUAUACGACAAUUCAAAUUACUCUAGACUUAAUCUAAUACACAGUUUUAACUCGUACAGCAAUCUUGGGACAGUUAAGAGUCAAGUUGACUUGAAUAUUGAUGACUUUAAACCCAAAGCUAAUAAUGUCAGCUUUGAGGGUACCCACCUAACUAAUAAUUAUGGUAUGGGCAAGAGGAACAGAAAGAGGGGGAUAGUGAACAUAAUUCGGAUUGAUGAGGUAACCAGCGCUAUCAGUAUUGAAACUACAACUAUGGCCCGCGUGUCACCUUCACCUGUUGCUAUGGAACGAAAGAAGAAACCUGGAGAAAUAGGAUCAAGCGCUCCAUUACUGAAUUACAUAUUCGACGCUUAUUCAAAUACACAUCACCAUAGGAAUGAGAAAACUGGUGAUGGAAACAGCAUAUAUGCUGCUGCAGCACCGGAGAUUGAAGCUUUAGUUGGCUCUACUGCUCAUCUUGACUGCAAAGUAGACGCGCUACACGAUAAACUGGUAUCAUGGGUCCGCCGGAAAAGCGACGAGGACCCAAUGGAACUCCUCACUACCGGCACCCAACAAUAUACAGCGGAUGACAGGUACUCGGCCCGCUUCAUCCCACCAGAUAUAUGGCGUCUCGAAGUGAGGGAAGUCCGUCCCACUGAUGCAGCUCACUACGACUGCCAAUUGUCUGCCCACCCUCCUAGAACCGCGAGGGUAACAUUAAAGGUUCCCGAAGUAUCAGUGACGAUCGUGGAUGGCGCUGGUGCGGCCGUAUCUGAACAAGUCUGUGAAGUUAGCAGUACUGUGGCUUUACGCUGCGAGGUUAAGGGCUUGAAAAUGGAAGGUGGCCCCUCGUUGCUAUGGUACCGGAAAGAUGACUUGUUAAAUGAUGACACUACUAGGGGGGGCAUCAGUGUCCGCACGGAGUUCGGUGCAAACGGUGCUAGUUCCGUGCUCCGCGUGGCCCGCGUGCGAGCUGACGACGCUGGUCGGUACACGUGUACAGUGGCCAGGGCGCCGCCACCAGCACCAUUACCGGCACAUGUCAUAUUGCAUGUCAUUAAAGGUGAGAGUCUUGCAGAGCUGCAUCAAAGUGGAAACUCGUGUGCCGCAUCCAAGCUAAUCAUUACGACGCUAUGCGUUCUUUUAGAAGUAUUAUCGUAA